CAGGAGCUGACUUGGGAAAGUUCCCGGAAAGUUCACGCUUUUUAAAAAGGAGGAAUAGAACAAGAAAAAAUGGCAGCAGAAACUCAGACACUUAACUUUGGGCCUGAAUGGCUGCGAGCUCUGUCUAGUGGCGGGAGCGUGACAUCCCCUCCUCUGUCUCCAGCUUUGCCAAAGUAUAAACUAGCAGACUAUCGCUAUGGGAGAGAAGAAAUGUUGGCACUUUUUCUAAAGGAUAAUAAGAUACCUUCAGACCUUCUGGAUAAGGAGUUUCUGCCUAUUUUACAAGAGGAGCCCCUGCCACCACUGGCACUUGUACCUUUUACAGAAGAAGAACAGAGAAAUUUCUCCAUGUCUGUAAACAGUGCCGCCGUCCUGAGGUUGACGGGACGAGGAGGAGGAACGGUGGUAGGGGCUCCUCGAGGUCGAAGUUCCUCUAGAGGUCGAGGCAGAGGCCGAGGAGAAAGCGGUUUCUACCAAAGAAGUUUUGAUGAAGUGGAGGGUGGAUUUGGGCGAGGAGGGGGCAGGGAAAUGCACAGAUCACAGAGUUGGGAGGAAAGGGGAGACAGACGCUUUGAAAAACCAGGGCGAAAAGAUCCAGUGAGACCAAACUUUGAGGAAGGAGGGACAGCAACAACAGGGAGGAAACAUGAGUUUAUCCGCUCUGAGAGCGAGAACUGGCGCAUCUUCAGGGAGGAACAGAACGGGGAAGAUGAUGAUGGAGGCUGGCGACUGGCUGGGUCGCGGAGGGAUGGUGAGAGGUGGCGUCCUCACAGUCCAGGUGAGAGGAGACUGGGAUAA